AUGUGGGGAGGUCCACCGCCAUCCGGCUACUACCCACCCCAGUCAACUGGGGCACCCCCCUACUACGCGCCGUCCUACCCGACCGCAGCCACGCCCUACGGGAGCGCUGCACCCUAUCCACCCUACAGUGCUGGAUACCCGUACGGUGCGGCGCCGCCGUCUUCUGCGGGCGGCGGGCUGGACAUGUCCUCUUCAGUGGCCUUCCCCUCCCCCGGCGCCCAGUACGACGCGCAGUCGCUCGGCGCCAGCUUUGGCGCGCUCUCGCUCAGCAGCGGCUACGGCGGGCCGCCGCCGUCGCAGGGACCACCGGUGUUACUGCGAACAUACUAA